AUGACACCAAACGAAGAAUACGGCGGCCCCGGCGGGAACCAAUUCACCCAUUCCGAAGACGGUUCCUACGUUAAAGCCCUCUUGAUCUACUGCGCUCGUUCCGAGACCUCUGAAGGGGGCCCGUAUGUCGUGCGAGGAAUAUAUGUCAGCUGGGCGAAUGGUGGAUCCAACAUGAUUGGUACCAGGGCUGCAGACGAGUUCCAGUACUUUUUUGAGGACGGAGAAGAGAUCGUCUCGAUGGCUCUCUGGACUGGCGAACGCGUGGACAAGAUGCAAUUUUCGACCAACCGAGCAAAGAGCUUUAUAGCAGGUGGAGCCGGCGGUUAUGAGCAUUCGCUUCAUGUUGGUAGAGGCCGAAUCAUAAGCUUACAUGGAGGUGCGCAUGGGGACGUUGAUAGGCUUGGUGUGGACUUUGAUUAA